AUGCCAGCUAGAGUCCCUUGCAGCUGCUGUAAUCAACAGUGUGAGCCUCAUCAAAUUGUUACGUGCUGUGUUUGUAAGCAGAAAUACAAGCAUUCCUGUGUGGAAAUCAGCGCAAAUGAGGUUCGUACUUUAAAUUCGAGCAAGGGGUACGAUUGGACCUGUAAGGACUGCAGAUCCAUAGGUAGAGACAUUAAUGACUUGAAGGCAUUAAUCAUCGAUUUGCGUAAUCAAAUAAAGGAUUUGAAAACUGAUAACACCAAAAAUGCAGGUUCAAGUUUUUCCAUGGAAGACAUCAUAUCUGAGAUUUCAGAGCGUGAAAGACGUAGAAACAACGUAAUAGUCUUUAAUGUCACUGAGCCUGAUCAAAAAGCCAGAAGUGAUCAAAAUGAAUCUGAUAAAACAGUUGUCGUCAACUUGUUACGUGAAGCUGUCCCUGACGUGAGGCUAACCAACAUAAAAGUGAUGAGAUUAGGAAUGUUUUGCGGCACAAAAGUUAGACCCAUCAAGGUAAUACUUGACAGCUAUGACUCAGCAUUGCAGGUUCUGGUGAAUGCGAAAAAGCUUAAAUCAAGUAAUACCUUCAAGCAUGUAAACAUCGUACAGGAUCGCACCAAAAGGCAAAUGGAGCAUUAUAAAGGUAUCAGAACUGAGUUAGCCAGGCGUCAUGAAGCAGGAGAUAAUAACUGUAGGAUCAAGUUCAUCAACAAUGUACCAAGGAUUGUUCCUUUAAACUAG